AUGGAUACACUUCUUACGUAUGAGAAGCUACCGAGAACGGAGCCAGACUCUUUGUUUAGUGCAAAUUCUGUCAAGUUUGGUAAGAUGUGGUUUGCCGCAGCAGGCAUGGGUGCUAUCGCCGCCGUUAUUGCACACCAUUUUAUUCGAAAUCCUAGACAGUAUAUCCCACAGGUCCUGUGGAAGCCGGGACAUUCCUACCCAAUUGACCUUGUGUGUGUUAACAUGAGUGAAGAAGUGCAAGUCCUCUUUCAGGAUGCCAUUGCUCUGUGGCUGGACUUGGGUAGGGAUGUUCAGCUUCGUUUCCUGACUAUUACAUUUUUUGAGGAAAACACCACGCCCGGCUUCGAUACCCUCUUCGGCGCGACGCGAUUUGCUACCAUGUUUGCUCACAAAGAGUUGCUUCGCAAGACAACCGCGGAUCAGAGACACGGUAAGAAUAACCCGGGCAGGAUUUCGGCACUGGGAUGUGUAUACUACCAGUCGACGAUUCGUGUGAAUGAUGAAGUAGUAGAGCUUCAGGACUGUGAUGCCGGUAUCCUACAACGUCUGAAUGGAAAACGAUUUCAGGAGCGCCACGCGGCUGGAUUCACCCUCGAUGGCGAGGGCAUCGUGGUUCGAACCUACGACGUGGAGGGCGUCCUGGACACCACGCGAGCGCUGAGGCGAUGGGGGCCAAUAGGGCUGAAGGACGUUUCUCUAGAGGAUGCUCUGCGGUACAGCAGCGUACCGUCAUAUACCUCUUUUGAUCCUACCACCCAUUCAUUAAAAACGGAUUGCCAUGGAAUACUCUGCACACCUGUUGGCAGGCAUACCCCUACCCACAACAGGAUGGCGUCGGAACGCCUCUUUCAUUUUUAUUAUGCAUGCUCUAAUGAAGCUAGUGAAGCUUUUGGAGGGAAUGCGAAUGACGCCAAGACAAGUCUUACAACGCUUUUGUGGCGUUCGCCCUUCUUCCUGUUCUCUGAAUGCUCAAUCCUCUUGCGCUACUCAUGUCUUGAGUUAGAUGGUUACGAAAGGCUCUUAAAACCGGUUAUUCCACAGACAACCUUCCAGUCUUCAGUAGCGUCUCUAAUGAUUUCGUGUGGGCAAAAGCUUCUACCAAAGGUAUGGCGUGAAAGUCAAGCAGAGCGUUCUAUGGCACAGAACCUGUCUGUGUUGAAGUACUGUGGGGCUUUUAGUAUAGUUUGGUUGUUUUCCGCAUCCCCGUGUACACUACCACUGGAGGCGGUGGCGUCUCUACGUCGUAAUGUAGUUUCCUUAUUGGGUAAACUAUCUGGAUCGCGACUCUUGGGUGUAAAUAUGGACGAAUUUUUUUUCUAUGAUGCUGGUAAAGGCGCUGUGUGUGAUUUGAGUGCUUUCAAUACUGGUUUUACAGUUUUGCAUGCAGAACAUGCUGUCCGUUUCUUGUCAACACAAAUGGCAUGUAUGGGCAUACCAUUAGCUUCAGUGCGUCUUAUAGUCGAGGUAGACGCAUCGCAUAAUUUUGAACGUGACAGUAGUAAUCCUAUCGGACGUAGUGUCCUGUGGCCUCGUAGCAAAUGCCAUGACGGUAGAAACGGAGAACAGCACUCUAAUCAUUAUUUUUAUCACUCAAAACAAUACUUCAUAUCAUUGCCUGUGGGUGAGACCAAACACUGUCGAAUGCUGAACUGUUUUGCCACGAUGAAUCCGACAAAGGGAAAGUUCGAGAACUCCUUUACUAGGAAAGCACCCUCAUUAGAUGCCGUUGAUCUGAUUUAUGUUCUUUUAGAGCUCCACCUUUGA